CCUUUAAUGCAGAUCUGUUCAGAUCGCUGUCGUUUAAAACUUUUUCCGUGAAGAAAAUAAUGUUUUGGGGAAUUGUGUUAUUUCAUUUUCUUCAGGUUUCUCCUCAUAGCAAUGCAAAACAAGGUUCACCAGACAUUCGUGUCUUUGCAAAGGACGCUCCUGAUGAUCAACACAAGCAGGUUCUGACCUGUCUGGUCACUGUCAUUUACCCCAGAGAUACUGAGAUGAACAUCAGACUGAACAAAACUGUUCUUAAAGAUCAAACAUCUUCUGAAAUCAGACCAAAUGCUGAUGGAUCCUUUCAGCUGAGCAUCAGUGUGGAGAUUGACAAAAACCACAAAGGACUUUAUGACUGCCUGGUCUUUCACAGCAGCCUGACAGAACCAGUUUCAGUAAAAUGGGAUGGAGAAUAUUUUGACAAUAAAACAGAAUCUCAGUCGCUUGUUAUAGUAGGAGUAGCAGCAGCAGCUGUGGUUGCAGGUCUAGUGUUAUUGUUUUGGUUUUGUUUAAAAUUUCAAAAGGCUUUAAUUCAUAAUGCUGUAGCAUCAUUGACUUCAGUCCCUAAUCCCGACUCGGAACAAGCCACGGAUAGUCUGCUUAACUAUCAGAGUGGGGUUACUCUACUGACUGGGAUCUGAAUAGUCUCAGUCUCAGACGUCACAUCCACAGAUCAUUGGCUGAACUUCUGAUACAUUCACAUUUUAAAGAAAAGUUGUGUUUGUCAUGUUUGUUGUGUGCUGUGUGUGUGCACUUUGAUGGGUUACAUGCAGAGCAUAAAAUCCGAGUGUGGGUUACCAUACUUGGCCACACAUCAGGUCUCUUUUAUUUUCACUUUCCUUUUAAAACAAUGCUUAAAAUAUUUGUUUAAAUCUUUGCUUAGAAGUUCAGUGUUUAAAAAUGAAUUUUGAAUGUAUUUAAUGCAUUAUGUAUUUAUAGUA